UGGGGACUGAAGAUGGCGGCGGCAGGUGAGAUUCCGGAGGUAAAAGGUUGUCCUCAACCCCCCUGGAAAUCCUGUUCUUUCUAAACGGGUGGUAUUACGCUACCUAUUUCCUGCUGGAGCUCUUCAUAUUUCUAUAUAAAGGUAAGGCUUGGGGCUUGACGACCCCUGCCCCAACAUUCCUUCCCCACUUCAGCCCAGAGCCAGCUCCCACCGAGAACCUUCUUAUUUUUCCUUCUUUUCUGCCCUCUGCAGUUCUUUUUCACUGCGAGGCAGAAGUCUCUUCAUCAGGUGGCUUCUUUGAGAAUGAUUCUGUAGGAAGCUCCUCAGCAAGAAUUUCUUGUGUUCAGGAAAUGCAAGCUUCUCCAUCCUGACUCUUCCUCCAUCACUUCUCUUUGCUGAACCCCACGUUAAGCCCAUUGGUGACACUCAGAAACUCUUUAGUGUCCUGGGUACCCAUGUACAUCCAAUCAUUUUGAAGAGUGGAGUCCCCACAGACUUUUGGAGUUUGGAGUAAAAUGUCAUAAUAAUGAGCCUGCCUCUCACAGACGUACUUGCACUAUGAGUGAAUGUAUCCUGCAGCUAUAGUAAUACUCUCAUCUCACUAACUAGUUCAUGGAAAGCUGAGACUGAUGGCCUCUUUAUUCCCAAGUGUGGCAGUUCUCGAGGGUGCUGUUGUAUGUUGUUUGCAAACUCUCGCUUUUGUAUUGGCAGGUCUCCUGCUACCAUAUCCAACGGCCAACCUAGUACUGGAUGUGGUGAUGCUCCUCCUUUAUCUUGGAAUUGAAGUCAUUCGACUGUUUUUUGGUACAAAGGGAAACCUCUGCCAGCAAAAGAUGUCACUUGGUAUUAGCGUGGCUUUGACCUUCCCAUCUGCCAUGAUGGCCUCCUAUUACCUGCUGCUGCAGACCUACGUGCUCCGCCUGGAAGCCAUCAUGAACAGCAUCUUGCUCUUCUUCUGUGGCUCAGAGCUGCUCCUUCAGGUGCUCACCCUGGCCGCUUUCUCCAGUACGGACAGGAUCUGAAGUACAGAAAUUUCAACCAGCAGCCCAUCAGGCUGAGACCACACAUACUUCUGGUACUUUAGUCACACCAGUGAGAACUGGUGGGUCAAGUUGUCCUGGGAAAGGUUGUGCAGCACAGACAUUUGGGUAACCAACCCAGCAUAAGGCCAGUGGGCACCAUCUUCUAAACCAGGACCAUCAGCCCAAGAGACUCUUCCACACUCCAGUAUAGGGAGGGGCACGGCUAUCCCCAUCCUGGCCCUUCUCAGAACCAAUUCCCUGCUGACCUCAAGUUCACCUCUUUGAUCAUCGUGGCCAGAGCGUCUUGUGUGGACCAUCUAGGCUCCUUGGGCUUCCAGCAGGACUUGAGCCACACGCCCCCUGUACGUGCUGUGCCAUACCUGUCCUGCAUGAGCACGGAGAGCCUCAUGUUGGUGGGCUCCCACAGCGAUGCAAAAGCCUCUCACCGCAUUCCUCAAGGAGACUGAGCUCCAGAACUUUUUUAGUAGCUCAUAGUGUUAUUUUUCUAUUCUCAUCAUGAAACAAACGUUAUUUUAUAAUAAAUAUGUAUUUUCUGUUG